AGAUAAUGAUGGAAGGUCUUGUUGACAUCGAUAAGCAACAAAGUAUGGAUAAGAAUUAGGAUUGUUUGUAAUAACUUUUAAAGGUGACACAUAAAUAAAUGUAAUUUUUUAUAAUUCAUAAUAUGAACAGUUGCGAAUUAGUAAUUUGAAAUAGAUUAUCGAAGUACACAGACGUACAGUGGCUCAUUUUUAAAAAUCGGCAUGUCAAACAAAGACCAUAUGAACAGCUUACCAAAGGAAGAGAUUGAAACAGACAUUCAGUAUGAAAAAUCCAAAAGUGUUUCAGAAGAAAAUAAAAAUUUAGGACUUACUGGAGAUAAUGCCACAGUUUUAGCACCUUUACUAGAAGUUAGAAAUGAACAACUAAAUGCUCAGCUAACACCAACACACAAUUAUGGUUUUUAUACACCACAAAACAGCUAUGUUGAUACAUACCUGUACAACAAUCACAAAGAAUCAUCUGACCCAUUCCUUGUUCUACCUCACAUAGACAGUCAGGAAAUGGUUAGAAAGGUUAUUAAAAAGCGAGAACAACUAAAAGACUCUGAUGAAGCCACAGCCAUAUCCUCUGGUCUACACAUUCCUCAGAACACUGUCAUGAAAAACAUAGUGAAUUCUUAUGGCAGUGAAACAGUUACAAAUACAGAACUGUUGUCAGACAACGUGUUACAUCAGGGAGAAAUAGCAAACAUCCAAGAUGUACAAGAAACUAAGGGUUCCUUAAAUAAUAAUCUUACAAACAUAAGCAAUGCAUGUAGCAGAUGUGAGCCAUUAAUGUCUGAAUCCCUAGAAAAGGAAAACAAAUGCCAUUCUUUUCUGUUAAGUGAAAAUACUUUGGAUGAUGAAAUGGUCAAAAGUGGAGAUUAUGAUAGUGAAAAUGCUCAAAAUAUGGAAGUUGGUUUUAAAUCAGAUGAAGCAGGAGAUUCUGGAUACAUUGAUGUUUCAGGAAGUGAAGCUUCUCCUAUUUCUCCUCUUAGUCCAGAUGAUCAAAUAUUGAUACACAAACCUGAAACUUCCAUCUUAGUAGAUGACAAGGUCUCAACAAAGAAACAGCUUGGAGAGUUCUUUUCCGACCUUUGGAAUGAAAAUAAGGAUUACAACCUGAAGAAAACUGACAAAGUGGUUAAUGUGGAGAAAGACAAAACCAUCAUACAUGGGAGACUUUCCCCAGAUGAUUCAGAUACUGCUAAGGACCGAGGUACAGAAAAAGAAAAACUGGGAGAAAAGGAUUCAAAUAAUGCAAAAAUUGCCAUUAGUAAGGAUAAGAAAAAUGAUUUUGAUAUCCAUCCAUAUAUCUACCCUUCAGAAACUGUGGAAUUUCCUGACAGCCCCCAACAUCUGAACCUGGUCAAAGAGAAGUUUAAAGAGAGUAUGGAUAAUAUGGAUGAUGAGGAGGAGGUAAAGAUGUUAGGGUCAGAAAACUCCAGAAACGAAGACUCUUCACUUAUGACUGAGGAUAGUACCUAUUGUGAGGGAUUUUCACUGAACACAGAGGAAUACUUUGAAGAUAAUUUAAUGACAUCACACAUAAGUACACCUCCCUACAGUAUAGAACAUAAGGAUUCUGGACCAGGUAGUCUAAACUUUUUUGGUUCCAAAGAAAUGCAACCUCGCCAUAUUAAUUCCCAGUCUGAGGCUUUUGACAUGUUUCCCAGUAUAAGUGACAUGCCAUCAACAGAUCAGAGUUUUUCCAAUGACACGCUGGGCUUGGAUCAAAGCUUGUCUACAGAGAUUUCAGGACUGUCUUUUGACUCACCUUUUGUGCCAGAAAUGGUCCAUAAUCACCAUCAAAACCCAACUUCUUCUACACCACUGUGUGAGGAUCCAAUUUGUAACAGAAUAAAAUCCACAAGUCCAUAUGAUGUUUUCACUAUUAGUGAAGAAACCUUUGAUAGCCUUGUAUCAGAAGGAAUACCUGGAGAUGAAGCCCCAGAUGUGUGUCUUUUACAGAAACUAAAAACAUGUUUUGAUCAAGAACGAAUCAAGGAUAUUUAUACGUUAAGUGGCCGCUUACAAGAUAUUCUCAGCCCAGUGGAAAUUGAAGAGAUUCUGUCACACACCAGUGUUUAUUGUAAAUUUAUUAAGGAUGAAGUAUUUGAGGUUCUCUCUUUGGCCCAUUCUGAGAUGAUUUCUGGAAAUUUCAAUGAAAAAUCCAGUGGUGAAGAAUUAAACAAUGCUGUAGUUCAAGAUACAACUGAAGUUAAGAAUGUUAAUUUAAAUGUUGGAUUAGAAAAUAUGGAAGUUUCAAAAGAAACGUGUUUUGUUAAUGACAAAAAUAACCCUGUUUUUCCUCCAGAUGAAAUACCUGAUUGCCAAAAUUUGAUCAAAGAUAAACAUUUUUCUUUAAAAGAUUUAUCAGAAAGAGAUAAUUCUAUUCAAUCUUCCAGUGAACAAGGUUCCUUAAAAAAAGACACUUCGUCUUCAACAGAUAAGUACCAGUUCUUUAAAGAGGAGAAUAAUAGUAAAUAUAAUGAAGAAGAUAGUCCUCUUCCAGUAAACUACUAUAGUAAGAAUAAAGUUCCAAAAACAUCUCUUGUUCUGAAGGUUGGUCUACUGGAAGAAAAUGCUAUGAAAGAAAGAAAGCACCACAGUUCUAAAGUAACCAUUGUCAAUCCUGAUGGAAGUAUAACUUCUUCACUAGUGACCUCAAAUGCAAAUAAUGAAACCUACAAUGCAGGUUCUAAAGAUGCAAAUGAAGCUAAUACAGGUUUGAAUUUAUGUGAAGAAGAAAAUGUGAAAGAUAAUUAUAGAUGUAGUUCUGGAGAAGAAGGAUUUAAAAGUGGGCUGAACUCUAACUUAGAAGCUGGUAAUGAUGCUGAAGAAAGAAUAACUGGUAGUAGCACAAGUUUGAAAGAGAGUGGUCAUUGUGAAGAAGCAGACACCUAUCAUGGAACAGGACAGUCAGAUCGACCAUCAAGCUUGACAUUUGAUGAUAACACCUUCAAAAGGAAAAAAAUUGCAUUCCGUUACCUGGACCUUAUAGCUGGGAAUGAUGAGGACCAGAAGAGUUUUUCAUCCACCAGUAAUAAGAGUGACAUUGAUCCAAUGUCCCCAGUGGAUGACCUUGAAACACCUGAUGACUUGGAUGAAAAUAUAUUCGAAGAUGAAGAAAAAGAAACUAAAAUUAUAGAUCCAAUUCCUGAAAUUUCUGCUGCAGAGGAGCUUGAAGAGGAACGGCGAUGGCGUAGCUGUUGGAUAGGUGGCAUUGAGAAGAAGAUUGACAUGAAAGUUAUACAACCUUACAAGAAUGUUUUAUCUCAUGGAGGGUAUUUUGGGCCCUCCAGAAAUGCUAUCAUUGUAUUUAGUGCUUGCUACCUUCCAGACCAUAGUCGGCAGGAUUACAGCUAUGUAAUGGACAACUUGUUUAUGUACUUGGUAACAACCUUGGAUGAACUUGUUGCUGAGGACUAUGUUCUCAUCUAUCUUCAUGGAGCAACUCAGCGUAACAACUUGCCAACAUUUGGCUGGUUAAAGAGAUGCUACUAUAUGAUUGACAGAAAAUUGAGAAAAAAUUUGAAGAGAUUGUACAUUGUUCAUCCCACGUUUUGGGUAAAAGCUCUUGUCCUUAUGAUCAAACCAUUUAUCAGCUCUAAAUUCAGUAGGAAGCUGGAGUUUGUGCAUAGCCUAAAAGAUCUUUCCAUCAUAAUUCCAGUGGACAGUGUUUGCAUUCCUGAUAAAGUGAAACAAUUUGAUGAAGAAAGUGCAGAUGGAGGUCACAAACUUCUUGAACAGGUUAGAGUUUGAAACAAGGUGUAACUAAAACGAACAACACGAGUGUUUUUUGGCAUCUCACUGAAGGUUAUCUCUGAUGGAUUUUUAUUACAUUAUAAAAACCCAAGUUUCACAGUAUGCAUGUUUUCCUGAGUUUAGAGUGACAUCAUUGACAAUCAUUGCACACUUUUAAAGUAUCGCAAACAAAAGACUUGCUUUGUUUUUCACUGCAUAUUGUCCAGUACAAAAUUUCUCUUUGAAUCUAACAUGCUUAACACCAAUUUUUAGUUACCCUUCAGUAUAAAAAAUUAAGUAACCUUAAUUUUCUACUGACGCUGUUACUUUCUUUAAUAUAUGAAUAUUUGUAUGAGGUGUUUGUUGUAAAUAAUAUUGUGAUUUAUUCUUUGUUGCACUGUGGGAAAUUAAAUUAUGCUGUUAUAAAAUUUUUAUACAUUUUAUUAUCUAUUUUGAUUUGUAUUAUUUUUGGAUAGAGAUGUAUAAGUAACUACAAUCCCAAUAUCAAUUUCAUGUUUGUUUUUGCAUUGAAUUAUGUCAUUUAUUUUAGAAAGGUUAAUAAGGUUUUACUUUUGAGAAGUUUCAAUGUUGAGUAAAUACAGUUGCAGACAAAAAGUAUUGGCACCUUACACAAAAUAUAAGAAAACAUGUGAAACACUAGUAAUUAGUGAAUAUUAGCCCAUGAUUAAUGUGACGAAGACAAGAUUAUACUAUUUCUGGUGGUUUAACAAAUAAUCUUCAUAAAAAAAAAGGUGAAAUUCAAAUAUUUGUUCAUGAAAAAAGUAUUGGAACCUUUCUUUAAAAGCCUUUAAAACCUCAAUAAGACUAAUUUAAAAAUAAAUUGAUUGAUUGAAAACCAUUACAUAGUAGAAAGUUAGUAGUGAAAAAUAGUUAAUGACUGCCAACAACCAUUGAAGAAGUUUUUGGUAAUAGAGUAUAUAAUGGUCAAGACAAAGGAGUUGUAUUCUUGCUUGAGAAAAGCACUUCUCACAGACUUACAGUCAGAACAAAUUAAACUGAAAAUCUUGAAAGAAUUGGGAUGUCCAAAGAAAAUUAUGGGCACAACUGAUAGUAGAAUCAUCUGUCCAGAGUUGCAUGCCUAUAGAACUUACUGCAAACCACUUAUAAAACCAUCUAAAAUUUUGUAAGACAUACAAACAGGCAACUAAAGCUGGUCUGGUGAGACAAAAAUAGAAAUUUUUCUCAAAAAUGGCCAACAAUAUAAUUGGAGAAAAAAAAGGAAAACCUUCAAUGAAGAACACCUACAGUUAAAAAUAGAAUGAUGCUGUCUGUUCAUAGGCUGAUUGGUAGUAGGUUUAUCUCCCAACACAACAGUGACCCAAAGCAUACAGCUAAGUCAGUUCUAGAAUUCUUGAAGAAAUUGAACAUGAAAGUGCUGGAUUAGCCUUCACAAUCACCAGAUCUCAAUCCAACAGAAAUACUUUGGACUAAUCUGAUAAAAAAAAAGCUGUAGCCAAGCAUUGUGUGUCCAAUCAGUCUGAGCUGAAGGACAUAUAUAAGAUUGGAGGCUCCAAUUUCUUCAACAAAAUUUAAUGAUAUAUACUGUAAAUGUGUGAAAGCUGUUAUAAAUACAAAAGAAGGAAACAUGAAACAGAAGUGGCAGUACUUUUAUCUUGAAUACCUUAAAUGAAGGUUGUUUUUUGAUAGAGAUUAUUUUUUUUUAAUUUCUAUAAAAUGUGUAUUUUACAUAUUUGUUUUAAUAAAAAUGAUUAAGGCUUAUCCUUAAUUUCUUACCUUCACAUAUGGUGUAAUAAGCCAAUACUUUUAUCUACUACUGUACAUUUUUACAUUAUAGUGUAUCAUUACAUUUACUGGUGAUAGUACUUAUGUCUAUAUGUUACUUAAUAUUCAUUUAUGAGUAAAACUUUGUAAGUUGUUUGCUGUUAAAGUGAGAUCAUUGAAAAGUUUAGGGUUAUUGUGGAGAAGAAUGUGUUAUUCAUUAAGUAAUAUGGCAUUUAUGUGGGUUUUUGUUAUAUAGAUAUGCGUAUCAGAGUUUCUUUCAACAUUUCAUGGGUUAUAGUUUUGGCUUAAAGCAUAUGCAUGCUUGAAAAGCAUUUAAAUUUUAUUCUUCAAAAUAUUAUCAACCUUGUACAUACUGCUUUAACAGAACUAUAGCUGGAAAGUAAAAUAAAUUGGGAAUAAGUAUAUGUUCUAUUCAGAUAGUAUGUGUUGCUGGUAAAUAAACUAAACAAACGUGUUUAUACAUGAAUUAUUUCCCAGAAUAUCAAUUAAUUUAUAUACAGAAAGAUUAGCUGAUUUCUUAACUUGAUGUUAUCAUAUAUUGAUGAAUUGUUAUGCUACAUAGAAAAUCUUAGCUCAAAAUGUUGUAGACACCAAGUUUAUUUUUAUGACAUAUUGUGUAGCUUUUGUUUUUAUUUUCACAUACUGUUAGCUUGUUGAUAGUGUCUAAUAUGUACAGUGUCAGUCUUCUUUAGUAUUUAUGUAAAAUCGUGGCAGUCAAAUACUAAUUACUAACAAAUUUUUAAUCCUACAGAGAAGUCCUCACAAGGACUGUUGGCUAUAAUUUGAUCGUUGGUCGUUUUGGUGAAGAGUCUGGUGUGUUGUCCACUUCAUUUGUAGUUCCCCCCUUUAGAACUUAAAUCAGUUAAUUACUUGAAUGUUUUCAAGGGAGAUAUUCAGGUUUUGUUAUAGGUUGUGUUAGGUGGUUGUAGAAGGUUUCUUUUAUAUUUGUUUUACUAAUUUGUGGCUCAUAUCCCAUAAUUUAUUUAUUAUUCCAAUUUAUCUUAUGGUCUUCUCUGGCAUGAAUGCUAUUUCAGAUAAAUCAGUAGUACUAAGUCUUGUAUGUCCAUUAUACUCCUUAAUUCUAACUUUGUUUGUUGUAUUGUUUCUUUAAUAUAUUAGAGUACAAAAAUCACAAUGGUUGUUGCACAUGGUGUUUUUUUGUCUUUGUUGGGUCUUUAUGUGGCUCGGUAUCUGUUCUAAUUGUGAUUAUAUUAUAUGUGGUUUCUGAGUACUGUUCUUAAUUUAUGUUACUUACAUAUCCUCUUUUUGUUUUCAGAGAAACCUCUGACAUGGGGGAAUAUAGUUGAAUGUCUGUAAUUUUCUUCUUCUUUAUCAACUGUUUUGGAUGUCCAUUGUUAAGGAGGGUUAUUAUGAUGUAUUUCUCUUCCAUCUCAUUAACUUCUUUGGUAUUACAGAUCUUGUUCAUUCUGGAAACUAGGGCUUAGCUGUGAUUUAUAGUGACUUCCUAGUGUUUAUAUUCAUCAUUCACUAGGAUAUAGCUAUGACUUAUAAUGUUCACUAGGACUUGCUAUGACUUAUACUGUUCACUAGGACUUAGCUAUGACUUGUACUGUUCACUAGGACUUGGCUAUGACUUAUAAAGUGUCUUCCUAGUGUUUAUAUUCAUCGUUCACUAGGGCUUAGCUAUGACAUAAACUGUACACUAGGAUGUAGCUUUGAUUUAUACUGUAUCUUCCUAGCAUUUAUAUCCACUGUACACUGGACUUAGCUAUGAUUUAUUUUGUAUCCUCCUAGAGUUUCUAUUCACUGUACACUCAGACAUAGCAUUGGUUUACACUGUACACUAGGACUUAACUGUGAUUUAAACUGUACACCAGCUCUUAGCUAUGGAUUAUACUGUACACUAGGACUUAGCUGUGAUUUAUAAAGUAUCUACUGAAUAAUACUGUCUUGAAGCUAGUAUUAAUAAUGCAUACUAUGUCUUAGUAUUGAAAGUAUGUACAAGGUUGUAAUUAGUGCUGAUAUUGUGCACUAGGUCCUAACUAGUGUUAGGAUUGUGUAUGUAUUAUGUAAUUGUUCUGUGUUAUUACAUAUGUGAUAUUCUUGUGGUUCAUGCUGUUAUUAGAUUGUAGUUUAAUUUUUGUUGAAGUGUCUUUAUUAAAUCAUUUGUAGUAUUAAAUCAUAUUAGUAUUUCAGGUGGUUAUAUCUUAUUUAAUCAUAUUUAGAUAGUGUGUUCUUAGUAGAGAGACAAAAUUUUAUAUUUAAAUUUCACAAAUAUGGCUAAUUUGUUAUAGUGUAGCCAAUUGAUACAUACUAUACACCUGUUCAUACUAUUUCUAAUAGGCCAUCUUCUUAUAAUAAAGAUUUAAGUUUUCUCUCAUUACUUCCUGUCAGUUUAGGUAGUUAAAUGUGUUCUAAUUAAAUUGUUCAUUUAAGAAGUGCAGAAAUGUAAUGCAUAUUACUGUAUCGAUUGGAAUGUAAGAACAACCAUUUCUUUCUCUUAAGCCUAACAAAAAUAUAAUGUUUAUAUACCCAGUUCAAUGGAAGGAAUAGUCUCAUACAUCUGGUUUUUAAUGAUUCCUUUUUCUUCACAGUUAGUUCCACAAAGCCAAAUUAGUUUAAAUAUCUUGAGGUAGCAUUAACUUUGGUGUUUUACAUAAAGCUGAGUUAAGUGUGGUAAAAUACAGUUUUUUGUAAGUCUCAAAUUUAAAGUGAUAACUAUUCAAUUAGAGAUGUAAAGUUAAACUUUCAAAAAAGGUGCUUACAGAAAUCAGUGCUGUGAAACUGUAUUGAUAUAUCCUUAUGCCCCCUUGUUACAGUUUUUUUUUAAGUAUAUAACUUCCAGCUAAAGCUCUGCUUCUGCAUUAGUUAACUGUGAUGAGAUAAGUGCUCCAGUGAAUAAAGCUGUUUAGAGGUAAUUUUUAAUUGAAGAGUAAGAGUCACAAUCUUUGUAUCAACUUUUAAUUCAAAGCUAACAUUUGUCAGACUAUCAUUUGAAUAUCCAAUAAUUAAUUUCAAUAUUUAGAAACAACUUUAAAAGAAAAAGAAUUUUAGCAACUGAAAAUAAACAAUACACAAAUAGAAAACUACAAAAAUUAUCACGUGUAUUUAUUAGUGUUUUAAGCUACUUAAAAGAAUUUUAAUGAUACCCCAUGUUGAAAAGGAAUAAAAAGUCCACAUUAUGGAUGCAUAGAAAAUGACCUUCAUUGUUAAGAAAUGCAGGUUGGACCUUAGUAAACUCCUGAUAAAGGAAAAAAAGUUCCAAAUAACACAACCUUCAUGAUUAAACUGUAUUUACAUGAUCACCAAAGUAGUCUAACGUUACUAAUGUUUGUAAAGUGUCCCCACAAUUGAUCCAUGUGGAAAAGUCAUAUGUUAACAAAACAACAGAAAUAAUAUCAUGAUUUGGGGUGUUAACUAUGGCCCAUCCUGUACAUCACUUAAUUAUUCAAUUAUGUCUAAGUUUUUAUGUGGAUGAGAGAUUUCCAUAUUGGACAUGGAAGUAUGGUUUGGCAGUUUUGAGCAGAAUGGAACUGAAACAGAAAAAAAUUAACAAAAUAUUAGAAAAUAUUUGGACUUGUUUCAUAUUUGAGUUAUCAUUUAAAUCUCAUCACAUGCCUGUGACUUUUGUCAUAUGCCUACUAAUCAUGCAUGUGUUGGUAAAAAUUUGUUUGUUAAUUCUUGGAAGUUUCAGUACUGGCAAAAUUUUCUGCUCUCACUUAUGCAUUUAUUAAUGAACUUGCAACCAAGAUUGUUCACCCUUUUCAUAAGUUUUGGUAACAAGUUCAGAACUUAUAUUUGAAGUCUAUAAUGUUAAAAAAUGUAAUAUAUUUUAAUUUGUUCAGUUAUAUUAACACCUAAUCGUAUAGUAAAAUAUGUCUUGAAAUCUAGAGAGUGAUUUAGCUACCAGUUUAAAAAGGAUUAAAUUAAAUUCUUCACUGUAUUCCAUUGGUUCUCAUUCAAUUAACUGAAAAUGAAAUGCAGGUUUUUCCGUACUUAUGUUUUUUAUUGAAUUGUCUUUUAGUUUGUUUUAAAAAUAUUCAGUUUGCUGUGAGAAGAACUGAAUGGAUUAUAGUAGUUGUUAUUGUUUUAAAUUGAUUGUGAAUUGUUGACAUGUUUUGCAACAUGUAAUUCGUCCAGUAAUCCACCCAGGUGAUUCGUCCAUGAAAUUUUGUAGUUUUGUUUAUAUAUUGAGUUUUUAUUACUUUUAAAGUACUUCAAGCAAAUAACUUUUGCCAUAGUUAUAGCUACAUAAUCUUGUAUUACAAUUAUUACCUUCAGUAAAUCUCUGUCCAUAUGUUCUUUCUCAUAAGAUAUUGGUUUCAAAAAUUAAAAUAAGUUUAUUAUCUUAA